AAUACAUUUUUAAAUUUAGAACUUAGUAAAUAUUAAAAAUGAUCCUUACCAAGGUGUUUAUUUUAGGACUCGUAAUUGUAGGAAUUAGUUGUGCUCCUACAACUGAAAAGGCGGGUGGUGAUGACAGAAUUUUACAUGGUACAAGAGCUGCACCCCAACAGUUUCCAUACCAAGUUUCAGUUCAAAGGACUAUUGAAAUUGAACAAGAUGGUCAAAUGGUAAAUGGCGUUAGUAAAUUUUGUGGUGGUGUUAUUCUCGACAAAUCAUGGAUUUUAACUGCUGCUCAUUGCUUUGAAAAAGAUCAGACCACUGAUAAUCUUUAUGUGAAUUCUGGUACACCUGAUGCAUUCAGCUAUGCCCCACCAUCGCAAAUGGUUAAAGUAAAAGAGGUUCAUUUGCAUGAAUCUUUUGCAAUGAGCCCUCUUAUAGUCGAAGAUAUUGCUCUAUUAAAAUUAGAAUCGCCGUUGAAAUGGUCUGCAAGUGUACAAAAAAUUAAUUUACCAUCAGCAUCAUUUGUUCCAAGUGGAAGCGGACAAAUUAUUGGUUUUGGAGCAAUUAAUAAUGACGAAUCUGUUUCAUCUAGAUAUCUUUUAGAAGCCACCGUUCCAGUGUCCAAAAAUUCUGAUUGUGCAACAUUUUUCAAACAAGUAAUAACAGAUAAACAAAUUUGUCUUGGCUAUGGCUCCAAAGAAAAUGCAUGCGCUGGAGAUUCUGGCGGUCCAUUCCUACUAAAAGAAAAUGGAAGACCCGUUGUUGCUGGAAUUACAUCUUUUGGAAAUCAAGGCUGUUAUGAAUACGAACCAAUUGUAUAUACAAAUGUAGCGAAAUACUUGGACUGGAUUAAGAACACAAUGAAAUCAGCAUAAAUUAUGAAUUAAUAUUUAAUAAACGAACAAAAAAAACAACAA